GAAGUCAUUCUCAUAUACUAUUCUCUGUGUCAGCUAGUUUCCAUAGCUUGAUAAGUCCAGUUUCAUUUUUGGACAGGACAGCCUAUAAUAAAGACAGAUGUGGCUUCACUGAGUCUAUUUGUUGUUACUAAUUGGUUGUGAACACCUUAAUACUAAUCUCUUUUGCCUACGAUGACACGAAUAGUACGAAAAGUAUAUUAAUAAAAGUUAAUAACUAAACGAAGAUCCUCCUAAUGUUCGAAUCCAAUAACUCUAGCUCCAAGACCGUCGGCCAUAGCGCCCAGGCCCCGGACGUCUCCUCCCGCCCACCGUCUAGUAGCGCCUCAACCCGCUCCGAAGGCACAGUAGAGUCCAUUCGGCCGGCGCCUCGGCCUGACGCCGAUAAUGGGGAGCUUGACCGGUGCUCGACACACCAUUCCCUCGGCCCGGACAUGCCUGUCGAGCCGAUAAGCUCGGUGGUCGAGAUCCCCGAUGAGGUAUACGACCGGCUGCCGCCCCACCGGAAGCUAAUCAUCGUAUUCGUCCUGUCCUUCUGCUCCUUCUUGGCGCCUAUAUCGAGUACAUCAGUAUUGGCUGCCACGCCCGAGGUCGCGGCCGAAUAUAACACCACCGGAUCUAUCGUAAACCUGGUUAACGCCAUAUAUAUGCUAUUCAUGGGUUUGUCGCCGAUCUUCUGGGGACCGCUGAGCCAGGUCUACGGCAGGAGAAUAAUCACCCUCACAACUGCUAUAGGAUUCCUUGGGUGUAGCAUUGGCACGGCGUUAGCGCCAAAUCUCGGUGCCUUCUUCGUGUUCCGUCUCCUGACGGCGUUCGAAGGCACUUCCUUCAUCUUAGUCGGCGCAUCCGUCAUUGGAGACAUGUACCGGCCUACGGAACGCGCAACGGCCCUAGGCUGGUUCCUCACCGGAACACUAGUAGGACCCGCUCUGGGUCCCUUCACCGGCGGGAUCAUCGUCACAUAUGCAUCCUGGCGCGUGAUCUUCUGGCUGCAGACGGGCUUAGCCGGGACCGCGGCCGUCGGGGCGUACUUCCUGCUUCCGGAGACCAUCUACCACAAGAAGAUCGACGACCUGGUGGGCUACAGCGGGGCGGCCAAAGUCAAGGUCCUGCUCACCAUGAUCAACCCCUGGCGCGUGAUCCGACUGUGGGAGUACCCGAACCUGUUCCUCACCGGCAUCGCCAGCGCCUCCCUCGUCUGGAACAUGUACUCCCUGCUCACGCCCAUCCGCUACGUGCUCAACCCGCGGUACCACCUGACGACCCCGAUGCAAGGGGGCUUGUUCUACCUCGCGCCCGGGUGCGGGUACCUCCUCGGCACGUUCGUCGGCGGCCGGUACGCCGACUACGUCGUCAAGAAGUACAUCCGGAAGCGCGGGACGCGGAUCCCCGAGGACCGCCUGUACUCGGCCCUGCCGUUCAUGGGCGUCGCGAUCCCCGGCUGCGUCCUGAUCUACGGCUGGUGCGUGGAGAAGGACGUCGGCGGGAUCCCCCUGACCGUGUUAGUGCUGUUCCUCCAGGGCCUGUCGCAGCUGUUCGCCUUCCCGUCGCUGAACACGUACUGCCUGGACGUGAUGCCGGGGCGCGGGGCCGAGGUGACUGCGGGCAACUACGCGAUCCGCUACCUGUUCGGCUGCGCCGGCAUGGCGGUCGUCCUCCCGGCCAUCGACGGCAUCGGGGUGGGGUGGUUCUCGACCAUCAGCGCGUUGUUUGUCUUCGCAGGCACCGUCUGCGUGUUCGUGUCUAUCAAACGCGGCAACCAAUGGCGGCAGAACAUGAAUGCCAGAAGGAGGAGGAGAGCAAGAGCAGCAGCAGCAGCAGCUACUACAGGGAAAACAUCAGAUAGUGGUAAUGAUAAUAUGCAAGAAAAGGCCGGAAAGAAGACCAUGGGUAACCAAAAACCGCUGACGACGACGCGCGGGGCGGAGCAGGAAAAAGAACAAGAAGAGAUCUAACUUAAAAAAAAGGGCGUGCUAUUCUCAGCAUGAGUAGGUGGUAGGUAGUAGGUUAGGUAGGUAUACGUAGGCAUAGCGAAUGAAUUUUACGAAAAUAGAGUUUUUUUUCACCGAUUAAGAGAGUUCUUGGACUGGCUUUUCCGAUCUAGGUACCUAAGGUAGGUUGAAAUGAUUGAGGAAUAUGUAUAGGGAUACGAGAUGGCGCUUGCUGAUUCUUAUUCGGGUCAGACGACGACGAUCCCGUUUCCGUUAUAAGCAACGUACGGUUCCUCCCGCUUCUCAGCAGUAAUUCGCGAGUAGGUGUUCAAUAUACUCAUCAAUUUAGGUUUAUUGUUAUUAUUAUACUACACAAGCUAUCUGGUAUGUACAUGGCGAGAAGCUCACGUCUCACGUCGUUAAAAGGUGUCGCGUACAUACCUAAUCUAAUGGCAUCGUCUUACAAUCU